UCCGGGUUGUGGGUGGAUGACAAAUUUUAGUGUGAUAAGGUUUUAAGAAGUAAUUUUUAGAUAUGACAAGAGUGUCACCACAUGAUUAGAAUGUUAAUUUAAUUAGUGUUUAUUUUUUAUCAAAAUUUACGAUGGCUUCGGGCUCGGCCAUGAGGAAAAAGGCUGAUGCCAAAGUCAUCAUAAUGGGGGACUACGCAGUUGGGAAGACAUCUCUUAUCAGCCGCUACAUCGAUGGAACAUUUACCACUCACUCCCCAACUAUUGGAGCUGCUUUCUUUUUGAAGCAAUGGGGACCAUACAAUGUUGCAGUUUGGGACACGGCGGGUGACGAGAGAUACACUGGUCUGUCCUCCUUUUAUUGCCGCAAUGCCGGGGCGGCCAUUCUAGCCUUUGAUCUCAACACAACCACCACCUAUGAGUCUCUUUGGGCUCGUUUUCUACCUUUACUGGAAUCCGCAAAAGAUGAUUGUCUCAAAGUUGUCGUUGGAACCAAAAGUGACGUUCUGGACCAGGACAACCGGGAAAUCUCCAUAGAUGAAGCCAUCGAGUUUGCAAGAGAAAUUAACAAUGAUAUAGACAUCUCCAAGCUAGACGGUGACCCGUAUUUUGAGACCUCGGCGAAAACGGGUUAUAACGUUGCCAAGGUGUUUGAUUACAUGUUCCAGUAUUGCCUGCCCGAGGCACAAAAGAGUGACAAACUUAGUGACGGUUCUACAAUUAAUUUGUCAGAAGGCGCUCAGACUAGAAGCCGGUGCGGUUGUUAGGUGUUGUUGUUGUUGCUGUCGCUGUUGUCUUCUGAAGAUGUGUUCAUGUUUGUUGCUUGGGUGGAAUAUAUACAUGUAGUUAAGAUAUCUGGUGAUUGAUUGGUAGUUUGAUUGGAAUUAGAGUAUGUAUCGGUCAGUUAUUUUAAUAUUAGAAUAACAUUGAAUUUUGCCAAGUUACCGUUAAAACGUUGUUAAAUGUAAACUUAUGUGUACGUCUGAAUAUCGGAAUUAAUUUAAAUUUGCAAAAUUCGAAACGCCUUUAAAUGAGAUUUAAAUUUGAAUAUCAGAAUAAGAUUGAAUUUGGUAAAGUUGAAAACGCUUUAUACUAUGAGAACUUAUGUGUAUGUGUUACAGCCAUAUAACAUUUAAAAUGUUGUAAACGUUGCAAUACAGUAAUGGUUUACUGAUAUGGUAUGUUUUCAUAAUGUCUGCUACAUAGGAAUAAUUGUGAUACUAUGGUUGACGUUGUUUUGAUGAAAAUCGACUAGAUCCAUGGGCAUUUGAUGAAAAUCGACUAGAUCCAUGGGCAUUUGGUGAAAAUCGACUAGAUCCAUGGGCAUUUGAUGAAAAUCGACUAGAUCCAUGGGCAUUUGAUGAAAAUCGACUAGAUCCAUGGGCAUUUGAUGAAAAUCGGCUAGAUCCAUGGGUAUUUGAAUGAUGAUAUCAUUAUAUAAUUUUAUGAGUGUGCAUGAUGCAAUAGGUGACCAGAAUUGUGCUAUAAAUGUUACAUAUAACUCUUUGUAUGUAUUUCUUAAAACUUUAUAUAAACAAUAACUUUUGUGAGUUGCUACCAUGAAUGUUUAUAACAUUUUAUUACAUGAUGCCACAUGAUAUAUUAUGACGUCAUAUGAUAAACUGUUUCCAGUCUAUAAAAAGACAAGUCAAUUAUGAUAUUUUUUAAAUGAUUUUCCAAUGUUAUUAUGACGUCAUAUGAUAAACUGUUUCCAGUCUAUAAAAAGACAAGUCAAUAAUGAUAUUUUUGAAAUGAUUUUCCAAUGUUAUUAUGACGUCAUAUGACAAACUGUUUCCAGUCUAUAAAAAGACAAGUCAAUAAUGAUGUUUUUGAAAUGAUUUUUCCAGCGUUAUUAUGACUUCAUCUGAUAAAUUGUAACCAGUUUAUAAAAAGACAUGGCAAUUAUGAUGUGUUUGAAAUAAUUUUCCAGCGUCAUUAUGACGUCAUCUGAUAAACUGUUUCCAGUCUUUAAAAGGACAAGUCAAUUAUGAUGUUUUUGCAAUGAUUUUUCAGUGUUAUUAUGACGUCAUCUGAUAAAUUGUAACCAGUUUAUAAAAAGACAAGGCAAUUAUGAUGUUUUUGAAAUGAUUUUCCAAUGUUAUUAUGACGUCAUGUGACUAACUGUUUCCACUCUAUAAAAAGACAAGUCAAUAAUGAUGUUUUUGAAAUGAUUUUCCAGCGUUAUUAUGACGUCAUAUGAUAAACUGUUUCCGGUCAAUUGAUAGACAGGUCAAUAUGGCGUUUUAUUCUGUUUAGGAAAAUUGCUUUUCGUCCAAUCAUGGAAGGUUUAAUUAUAGAUAAAGCAAUAGUGUAUAUUAUCUAUAGUCUUAUACACUUUAAUGAUUGGUUGUUUAUGAACAUGUACACAUUCUGUAUACGUGUAUGUGUGGAAAUAAACUCUAAAUUAGUCA